AUGUUCAAUGAGGGGGAGGCGGAUAUCAUCGUCGGUGAUGAACCAGAAGGAGAUGCCAAUUCUGUCGCCGACACAAACAGCGAUACCGACGCUACCCCCGGUGAAGUUGUACCCACACCCUGGAAAGAAGUUCAGGAAUCCUCAACCAUGCUCGACAUAAGCCUCACCGACAGCGAGGAUGGGUGCGGCAGCGACGAAGACUACACGGAAGAUCUUGCCGAUACAGAGCUAUCGUACGGAAUAAGGAGGAAAAGGUCUACAUCCGAAAGUUCGCUCCUACGCGAUGUCGAUGUAGUUUUCCGGAUACCCACCGCCCAAGGCCAAGAGCUCAAAGAACUGGACGAGUUCCCGGUCGCGUUCGUCAAAGAGAUGACACGCAAGUUCAACAAAGAUUACCUCGGGAAGUCGAAGCACAGGAAGCAGUAUCGGAAAAUGAUGGAAGAGGUGGACGAUGCAGAGACAUGUGUGUACCGUGAACUGAACCCCAAACCAAAGGGAGAAAUUGUUAUGCCUGCUCAACCAGAACCACGGAAGGACUGGUAUGACGAUCCAAUGCUGAGCAUGUAUGAUGAAGAAGAGGAAGAGAGGUGUGAAGAACGACACCAACGGAUGCAACAAAGACUCAAGGAAGUGUACGGGAAGAAGGCUUGCGACGAUUGCUACACUAAGAGAAGGCUAUGUGCCAGAUUCAUCAAAACUGUCGAGGAUGAACCCAGGCUGGUGAUCUACCCGUUGGGGCCUGCAGAGAUGAAUGGUGGAGACUGGCGGGGUAUGCGGUUCUGGGUACGCAAACCUGGACGGGAGCGUUAG